AUGAACCACCGCCAAGCCCCUGAACCUCUGCAAACCAACGCCACAAACGGCAUAUCCAUAUACGAUAUUGACAAAUUCCUUCCUGAAUUCAGUGGAAAUAUCACUGACUUUCCAGCAUUCUGGAGAAAGUUUGAACCAUACGUAGACAAAAACCCCACCUUCUCCGAUUCGGCAAAAAUGUUCCUCCUAGAAGCUAAGUGCAAAAGCGACGCCGCCACCCUCAUACAAUCCAUAGGCUCGCAAGGCCACUACGCCACAUACGCGGAAUUACGCGAGGCGAUCCAUGCAGAGUUUGGUGAUCCUCAUCUCAUAGCACAGACACUAUAUCAAGAAAUGAAGUCAAUGAAAGCAGUACCUAACAAUCCACAUCGCAUCAGAGCAGCAGUUCGUGCUCUAAAAGCCGAGAGUAACAUGAUUUGGCAACUACAAACACAACAAGUCUAUCCAUCAGAAUUCCGCACAUGGAUCACUAGAAUAUUCCUUUCCGACUUUAUAUUGAACAUACUCCGUAACGUACCCAUACAAUCAG